AACGACCAUUGCAGUCUGCGUUAUGACAAAUCAUGAAAAGUCAAAAAGCGAAAUAAGCCGAGAGUUCGAAUUUGUACUAAAAGCAGCAAUAGCAUCGAAUUACUCGCACGGCGAUGGCAUCUCGAGCGAAAUCACACAAAAUAUCUGUAAUGUGGUUGAGGCAAUGUUCAUACAUGGAUUGAGAGAUCCAUUUUUCGUUAAGGGCUCGAGAUAUGCAAAAUAUCCGGAACCGAACUUCUGGCCUUUUGUCUCAAAGUACACUCACAAAAGUAUCACCACCGAAAUCAAGUCCUUGAAUCAGAUACGUUCAGAAAUUGGCCGAGGAAGAGCAUGGAUUCGGAUAGUUCUGAAUCAGAAUACGUUGGAGCAUUAUCUUCAAUUGCUUCUUCGCGAAACAAAAGCCUUAAAUCAAUUCUAUGGUGAGAAUGCAUUCCUGAGAGACUCAGAAGUUAUGGACAAAGUGGUUGAACUAUCUAAAGGCCUUGGGUCGCUCCCUAUCAAGGCACCUGUCAACAGUUCAUUAUUGAACACUUGGACGCCAUCGCCACUGAUAUUGGCCGGCUUGGUCAAUGGAAGAGCGCUGAAAGUAGGGGUUCUUACGCCGAGACAACGAUCAGCAUCGCUUCGUGAGCCAACUGAGAUAGGAUUACCAGCUCUCGAUUUUCUUGAGGACAGGACUCCUAUAAAAGUGAGCCGCUCUGAGAGACGAAUGGAACGAAAAGUGGUCUUGAGUGAUGAUGAUGCAUCAUCAGUAUACUCACAUCCGUCUAUGUUAGAUAGAUCGGAAAUUCCUGAACGAGUUGUUUUUACAUCGACACCAAUUGGUGAAAGUUUUGGAGAAGGUCCUCCUCAGAAUGUUGCGCCACUGAUUGUGUCUCGUCGAACUCGACGGCCCCGCAAAUCUUCUCGAAGUAGUAGCGAAUCUAAUUCAAGAGAGUCGCGUUCGCAAAGCGAAUCAGCAAGCACUAUGCAUGAUGGAGCAGUUGAGCUGGGUACGUCUGCCGGCUCUUAUACUCGUACCAAGCAGUCGGAGACGUUAGACAGCGGAAUAGAAUCAGAGCAUAGGGAAAACGUUCUUGAUAGUGUGAGCACAGUUUCUGAUGGCAAGGAAAAUGAGCCAGUCCACGAUGAGCCUAUUAAUACCGAUAGUAUAGAAAAAGCCGUGGAUGCGAAAGAAGAGCUGGAGUCUGCGGCCCCACCUGAAGUUGAACAUAUCAUCACACUACCUGAACGUCCUCGGUACUUCAACGUCAAGGAGAUGAGCCCGGAACCGGAAAUAGAAACACAGCUACCAGAAGCAAUUCGUGAAGUGCUGGAUCAGAGUCAUGACGACAUCUUCAGCAAUGGCGAACAUGACCAGGAACAGGAUGUAGAUGUGCUGAUCCGUGCUAGAGAUUUGGAAUAUCGGGCGGAUCCAAAUAUAGGAACAUCUUUACAUGAUGAGUUAUUCCAUGCAGAUGUCGCUCCUAGUAGUAAUAGCUUGUUGAAUAGAAGCUGGAAAAAGCCGAAGACAAGCUUGCCCGAUUUGGAUCGAUGUGGAAGCUCAAUGCUGUCCUCGUCUUCCUCUCCCGAAUUUAGUCCCUAUAUUGUCAGCUUUGACCAAGCCUUAAGGACUGCUUUAGUCGCUAACGGAUCGAACGAAAAGCUUGAUGAAGUUUUUGAUGAGUCUCAAGGCAUGCUUGAAAAUACUGACACUGAAGAAGAUGAAGCGGAAAGUUCUCGAAAAGCGUCCGAAGCGGCCGAACACGUCACCUCAAUGAUAAUCACCAUUCCUCGUGAACUUGGCCUUGAUGCUCAAGAUUUUCGGUGUCCAAUGUGUCGAAAGUCUAUUGGAGCCGUGUUUUCCAAAUAUGGUGUCUGUGGUAUCGAUGGUCUAUAUUAUUGUGCUGAUUGUAUGCGCCCCGGUGGUGAGAUGCCCAUUCCAUCACGUGUACUUCGAAGCUGGGAUUGGAAGCCACGUCCGGUGUCUGAUCGAGGUCGUGCAUUUAUUGAAGCAAAUCAGGAUACCCCUGUUAUACGCAUCGAUCAGCACAAUCCUACACUCUACGAUCAUGUGCCCGUUUUGAGGACAAUGAAGAUGCUCCGAGAACAGCUUCAAAUUGCGUCGAUGUAUCUUUUCAACUGUCGUGAAUCCAUAGCUGACGACUUUCGCAGAAGAAUAUGGCCACGAGAACAUCUCUACAAUGACAUCCACGCUUAUUCCAUUAGCGAUCUGCUUCUCCUUCAUAAUGGACAGCUGGAGAAGCAAGUGCGUGGAUUCUUGAAGCAUGCCGUGGAUCAUGUCAUGCAUUGCUCGUUGUGUCGACAGAAAGGAUUCAUCUGUGAGAUAUGCGAGGCUAACGAAGUGAUCUAUCCGUUUGAAACCGAGAGAACGUAUAGGUGUCCUCGAUGCUGUUCUGUAUUCCAUUCCGAGUGCGCCAGUCAGAUGGAAGACUGUCCGAAAUGCGUUCGACGAGCGAAGUACGAGAUUCGUCAAGAAGCUAGCGAUCUUCCUCUCGGUUAGAGGCCAUUUCCUUUUUUGAAUUUUUUUAUGUCUUCUGUUGGCUUAUAGUUGUUUUUUUUCUCCGGCAAAAUCUUGUUUUUGCUCAUAAUAUGUAUGCUUGUUAAUAAUCUACUUACUAUCAAUCACUGGAAGUAACUUUUGUAUUUAGUGCUAACCCAAUACUCUUAUUGUUUGCUACAGUAGGAAUGUUGCUAAUAUUUCCUGAAAGUGCCAUACAUUUCUUUGGCUCCAAAGGGGCCUAAAUGCACUUUUGAAGAUUUCCUUUCUAUGAAAGCUUAGGUUUUGUUGUUUUCAUGGCGGGUCAGCUCGCCUCAUCCUGCGAUUCAUCGCGAUGUUUCCUCCUCUAACUUCUCAAAAUUUGUACAGUGUAAUUACUAGCAAAAAUGGUGUAUAGAAUGGUGAUCAUAAGAAUACGUGUGGAGUUUUCAUUGGAAUCUGUUGAUGAAAGGUUGAGCUUUGUAGAUUCUUCUCGUUUUCUUAAUAUGUGUGUAUAUAGAUUAGAUGAAAAAAUAAAGAGUUGUAUAGAG